CUGACAGUCAGGAACACGGAAUCGGAGCGCGUCUUUGAUUGAAGUGAAGAUUCGCCCAAUCACCGCUGCAGAAGUCUCGGUCUCUGUCCAAUCACAGGCAGCGGAGCGGCGGGGGGCGGGAGCGCGGCAGCGGCGUCGGGGCGGUCCGCUUGUGUGCAGUGUGAAUGUGGCAGCCGCAGGGAGGGGCGCGCUGUUUAUUUCAUUAUUAAAAGUGAUUUCUGACAGAAGUUAAAAGUGAUUUCUAACGGAGGAUAUAUAUCUGCUCCUCAGCGCGACGCGCGCCGCUCCGGUCCGCGCUCUUUCUGCCGUUUCGUCGCGGGGACGGAGAGCAUCAUGGGUCAUAACAUGCUGGAGUAAUCGCUCAAAAGACUCUUUCCUGAACAUAUUUAUAUUUAUUUAUUCUUUUGCUCCGUGGAUGAAUGAAACGUCCCGUCAGGAUGGAGCAGGUGAAUAUCCUGAAGAGAUUCAUUGAAGCCCUGAGAAGCGGCGAGCAGAAAGCAGAAGAUAACUUCAGCUCGGACUUCAUGAGAUUACGUCGAUUAUCAACGAAAUAUAGAACAGAGAAGAUCUACCCCACUAAUGUUGGAGAGCAGGAGGAAAACGUUAAGAAAAACCGAUAUAAAGACAUUCUGCCAUUCGACCACAGUCGUGUGAAGGUGACGUUAAAAACAUCCAAUCAGGACACCGACUACAUCAAUGCAAACUUCAUCAAGGGCAUCGGCGGGCCGGAGGCCUACAUCGCCACUCAGGGGCCGCUACCCAACACUGUGCUGGACUUCUGGAGGAUGAUCUGGGAAUACAAGGUCACGGUCAUCGUGAUGGCGUGUCGAGAGUUUGAGAUGGGGCGGAAAAAGUGUGAGCGUUACUUCCCGCUGUUUGGAGAUGAGCCUGUGACAUUCGGCCCCUUCAAGAUCUCCUGUGAGUCUGAGCAGCCGCGGACGGAUUAUUUCAUCCGCACACUCGCAGUGGAGUUCGAUCAUGAAACCCGGCGAGUGACGCAGUUUCAUUACGUGAACUGGCCCGAUCACGACGUCCCGUCAUCCUUCGAUUCCAUUCUGGACAUGAUCGCUCUGAUGAGGGAAUAUCAGGAGCAUGACGACGUUCCCAUCUGUGUCCACUGCAGUGCUGGCUGUGGACGCACAGGAGCCAUCUGUGCCAUCGACUACACGUGGAACCUCCUGAAAGCUGGGAGAAUUCCUGAAGAUUUUAAAGUUUUCCAGCUGAUUCAGGAGAUGAGGACACACCGGCAUUCAGCAGUUCAGACCAAAGAGCAGUACGAGCUGGUUCAUCGAGCGAUUGCACAGCUCUUUGAGAAACAGCUGAUGCUUUUGGAGAGUCCAACAAACUCUGAGCUCACAGACGGGAUGGAAGAGGGCAGCCCGGAAAAACCCGUUCAGAAUUCAGAUGAGGAGAGAUGGGACACGCCCCCUCCCAAACCGCCCCGCAUCCGCAGUAAUCAGGCCGAGGGCGACGUGAAGGAGGAGAUUCUGCAGCCUCCAGAGCCGCGGCCCGUUCCUCCGAUCCUCACGCCGUCUCCGCCCUCGGCCUUCCCUACGGUCACAAACGCACGGCAGGACAAUGACCGCUACCAUCCCAAACCCAUCCUGCACGUGCUGGCGUCGGACCAGAACCCCGACCUCAACGAGAACUACAGCAAGCCAGGGCAGGACGGGCCGGACCGCCCGCUGGAGCGCACGCUGAGCAUCGAGAUCAAGACCGUUCCGCUGCAGGAGGGCCCUCGCAGCUUCGAGGGGAACAGCGCUCUGCAGCGCUCACAUGCCUUCAAGCGCUCCAACACCAGCUCCGUGUGUGAGGAGAGCGACGAGCCUCCGCGACCCAACCACCUGCCGCUGAUGGAGGAGAAGGGUCAGUCCGAGCCCGGCCGGACCGCGCUGAGCUUCACCAACCCGCUGCACUCCGACUGCCCUGACGCUCUCUCCACGAUAAGCAGCACGGCUUCAGCGGCACAGCAGAGCACUGACACCCACCGCAGAGUCAUGCCGAUGUCCAUCGCAGGCCAGAGCCUCCCCACACACACCUCAGAGGCCGCAGAUGUGAAGCCGCCGCUGGCCGAAGCGUCGUCACAGGCGUCUGCAGACACACAAGCUCCUGCUAGUCCUCCAAAGACCGAUGCUGAGCAGAAGAACGGAAAGGGCCCAGAUUCGCCUCUGAAGGACAGGAGAGCAGAGACGGAUAUCGGAUUCAGCAGCCACUGCUCGCAUCCCAAAGGCCCCCGGGAGCCUCCGUCGGAGUGGACGUGACCGCGGCACCCAUCCGCUCCACACUCCACGCUCCUCUUUCUUCUAUAAGUGCCACUGUAGACGACGGCGCCUCUUCUCUGACUAACACAAUCAGUAAAGCUACAAAGAUAAUCUCCCAUGAUGCACCUCGCUGCCAUGGACUCGCUGUGCUGGUGCUAAGCGUGUCUCCGGGACCAGAACCUGCCUUACUCCUGCUGCGGGGCUGGACCCGUUCUUCUGCAAUAGUUUAGACUGAGAUCAGACGGCGCGGGCCGGAGUUCACAGGGCGAGCCGUAAAUGAUGAUGAUGAUGAUGCAAACGUACUAUCACUGAAUAUAUUAUUGCGAUGUAAGACGUCUGUGCAUGAAAGCGUCUGGUGUACCUCAAACUGUAAGUUAU